AUGAAACUUUUUUUUUUAGUUUUUACUUGUUUUUUUUUUUUUUUUUUUUUUUUUUUUUUUUCAAAUCGUGAUUCUUCAGGUAUCAUCAUCAUCUUAUACUGCCGUUAUCCAACGUUCUCAUCAAGGGUACAUUUUACUGGAGAAUCUGCAAAUCUGGAAACGAUGGAUAUCCAGCAAAUACAAAAUACCCUACAGAGUUUGUAUGGGCCUACGUCACCGGCGGAAAAAAAAGCUGCCAGUGAUGCUCUCUUGCAGUUUCAGAGAUCGCAGCAAGCUUGGGACGUUAUAUUUCCUAUCUUGCAAGAGCCCAACGCACCUUUUGAGCUGAAGUUGUUUGUUUGCCAAACCCUAAGAUCUAAAGUGCAGUAUGAUUUUGGCCAAUUGAAUAACGAAAGCUCAACAAUUGAGAGUCUGCGUUUAUCUAUACUAAAUGUUCUGAAUAGCAUGACUGAAUUCAAGUCACAAAAACUAUUAAUCAUCCAGGUGUCUAUUGCAUUGGCAUAUCUUAUUAUCCAGGAUUUUACAUGGGAGACACCAAUCACCGAUGUCAUGAAUGCUUUAGCAAAUACCCCUGUGAAUUUGCUCGAGUUUUUGAAUGUUUUACCUGAAGAAAUGUCAGAUUUUAAAAAAUUACCGUUGACAAACGAAGAAUUCGAAUCUCAGUUUGAGAAACUACUCACUAAGAAUGCAGAAAACGUCUACUAUGUACUUGUUCAAAGCUCUGCAAAUAUAGGCUUUAAUAAAGACCUUGAAACUUUAGUAUUAUGUUGCAUCAAAUCAUGGAUAAAUGAAAUUCCUAUUUCUUUGAUUCUUUCAGAAGACUCUCCUUUGUGGAAACUAAUCGUUGAUGGUUUCAAAGACGAUGAAACUUUUGAUACCUCAGUUGAUUGUAUGAUCACCAUUGUGAACCAGAUUGAUGUUUUCGACAAUCUAGACGAUAAUUUACCGUUGAUUCAAAUUGUGUAUUCUGAACUUGUUGCUCUCCGUCCGAUUAUUCAGCAACACUGGGAAGAUCCGAUGGUUAUCGAACGUUUGGCCGAGCUAUAUGCGUCUGCAGGUGAAGCUUGGCAUACACUCAUUGUGAAAGAUCCUAGUAAUUUCCAAGUUUUGAUUGAAAGCAUUCUGCAAUUAUCAAAUUAUUCUGAGGACUUGGACAUUGUCAAGUACACAUUCAAGUUUUGGUAUGAAAUGAAGUCCAUGUUGGCCCUACCCACUUUCAAAGAUUCUAAACUCAUCUUUAAACCAAUUUAUAUUAAAUUGACCGAAAUUUUGAUUGAGCACUUGAAGUACCCAUUAGUGUCUGAUUCUACCAAUGUUUCGGAAUUGUUCAACCAUAAUAAGGAGAAUGAAGACAAAUUCAAAGAGUUUAGAUAUGAAAUAGGAGAUGUCUUGAAAGACUGUUGCUUGAUUGUUGGCCAGUAUGAUUGUCUAUCUAUACCUUUCAACAAGCUUCAAGCAUUAAUUGGAUCAGGCAGUGGUGUCCGGUGGCAAGAGAUUGAAUGUCUUCUUUUUGCAAUUCGUUCUAUGGCAAAGGAGGUCUCGAAGAAUGAGUCUAAAAUUAUCCCCCAAAUUAUGUCUUACUUAGUUCAAUUGCCGGAGAACCCUAAGAUUAGAUACGCAGCUACACUUGUUUUGGGCCGAUACACCCUUUGGACAAGUGCCCAUCCAGAAUUUUUACAGACAGAAUUAAACUAUAUUAUUGAAGGAUUCAAAGUUGUUGAUUCCGGCUAUAAGGAAGAUGAGAAGAUGCAGAUAAUCAUAGCCGCAUCGCAUGCAUUGAAGUACUUUUGUAUGGAUUGUUCUGAACUUCUCAUUGACUUUUUGGAGCCUCUUUACAAUCUAUACUCCAAUAUCGAGAACUUUAUAGAUUUCCAGUCGUUGUACGAUAUUGUGGAAGGGCUAUCAUAUGUUUUACAGCAGUAUAUUGGAAAAAACAUUGUUUCCAACCCAGAUCAGUGCCUCAGUGUUCUCCAAAUGUUUUGGAGCUCAACUAUAUCAAAACUUGAAGGCUUUAUUGCAAACAAAAAUGAUGUUGCUGCAAUCGAUGUUCAAAUCGGCAACACUGUCGAGUUACUGACUCUAUACAUUGAGAACUUUAAGCCUACCCACGGUUUCAUGACUACGAAAAACCCCGACUAUGCCAUUUGCACUUAUGUCAUGAAUUCGGUAUUGCCACUGAUUUUCCAAGUGAUUGAAAGAUAUGGUUCAAUGAUAAGGGUUAGUGAGCGUAGCAUUAAACUCAUCAGAAAAUGCAUCCAAACUUUUGGAAGAUUCAUAUUGCCCUCUCUCAAAUCACUUGAGAAUGUUCUUGCUCAAGGAUUUCAGAAUUUUGGAUAUGGGUGCUAUCUAUGGUGUUCUGGUGCAUUACUUAAGGAGUUUAGCAAUGAGGAGGAUGAGGACUUGGAUGAGUUUAUUCCUCUCACAACUGAUAUCAUCAACGAGGUAUGGAAUUUUGGCCUGGGGCAAAUCCAUACUUUUAUUACUAUAUACGAGGCAGACAAGAUCAAUGUCAACAAAGAUUUGGUUGAAGAUUUUUACAGGAUGCUUGGUGAUGUGUUGAUGUUUAAGCCUCUAGAGUUGUUCAGUCAGUUCGAUAUUGUUGAGAUUGUCUUUCGAAUGUCACUAGAAAUAAUAGAUAAUGUGAACGAGUACGAGCUAUUGAAUCUUGUGAUUCAAUUUGUUAUCGACUUACUCAGCUGGAGUUUGGAAAAUCCUCCAAUUUCUAUCUAUAUCGACAUUCCUAACAUUCUCAAAUUCCAAAUCUUUGAAUUGAUGAAUAAAAACAGCACUGAAAUGGUCACCAAAAUGCUAAACUAUGCGAUCUUGAAAUUCAAUGAAGAUUUGAUGUAUUCUUCGAUUGAACUCGUGAUUGAAAUAUUCAAAAUCAACCGCCACUAUUCCAAGAAUGCUGCUACCCUGAACUCUAUUAAUAUGUUCUUGCAGUCUCUACCAUCGGAGUUGAUCAACGAUGUGGAAAAGAUGAAAUUCUAUAACCAGAUCGAAGUUGCUUUGAGUUCAAAGAAUUACAGGAAAGUUAGGUCAUCCAUGUUGGACUUCAUUCACUGGUACAAGAGAAAAAUUGUAAAUAGGGACUAA